AUGGAGGAAGUGUGGAAAGAUAUUAGCCUGGCUUCUCUAAGUGACCACCCUGUUGAUUCCAUCCUCUCCACCAGAACCAAGAACCCGAACUUUCCAAGCAUGAUCCUUCUGGACUUUUUGGCUACACCCAUCAAUAAAGAACCUCCAACUCCAAGAACAUCAGGUGUCUCCUCCAAUGACACAUCUUCUACUGAAGGACCUGCCCCUUUUGUCCCCGGCACAAUAUUGAGCUUGAAAUUUGGGUUCGGGUCGGCCUGCCGAUGCACAGAGAGUGCUGACCCCAUAAGGCCAAACCUAGAGGUCAACGCUCGUGCCGGUGUUCCUGCGGCUCUAUCUUUUUCUUUUUCUCACAAUUCUGGUUUUCGUGGUUUCGGUUCUCCUAAAGCUUUCCCUUCUUUUUGCACAAAAAGGGCUCCUAAAAGUAGCGAAAACUCCAACGAUCGGCGGCGUAAACGCAUGAUGAAGAACAGAGAGUCAGCUGCUCGGUCUAGAGCUAGAAAACAGGCAUACACUAGCGAGUUGGAGCUUGAAGUUGCUCAUUUACAGGAAGAAAAUGCUAAGCUUAGAAGGCAGCAAGAGAAGAUAUUGGCAACUCGAGAUCAGGUUCCAAAAAAGAAUACUCUAAGUAGAACGUCAACAGCUCCAUUCUGA